CCAGGCAGCGAGCAGAGGCUGUGGACCUCCGCAAAGUUAGCAAAAGUGUAACACACUUACACUUUGACACGGCUACAAAGACGCUUCGUUACACCCUGACAACUUGUUGCUUCUUUUCAGCAACAUUGUUUUUUGACUGUUUACCCACCUGAGUGGCGAACAUGACUUGAACGCAACCACCGCCCCCCCCCCAAAAAAAAGAAGAGUUUUUUUUUUUUUUUUUUUUUUCCCCCCCCCCGGGCUAUGAGCUGCCCGACGUGGAUGGUGGUGAUAAUGAAGCCGGGAAGUGGCCUCCUCUCGCCGCCUCGGACAAGCCGGCGCUCAGGUGUCUCGUCCGGCCUUAGCCGACUGAUGGGCAGGGGCGCACACUCGUGACAGGCGGGAUUUGAGACACUUUGUUUUUGGGAAGGGGAUGCGAGGGAGACUCUAAGGACCGAGAGUGAGAGAGAGAAAGAGAUUCUUGUCGCUGGCCGGAGGCGCCAUGGCCUCGGAAGUGGUGUGUGGGUUGGUCUUCAGGCUGCUGCUGCCCGCUUGCCUCGCAGCCGCUUGUCUCUUCAGGUACAACGUCCUCUCCUUCAUCUACCUCAUCUACCUCCUGCUUAUUCCCCUCUUCCCAGAGCCCACGUCUACCACCAUGCAGGGCCACACAGGUCGUCUGCUGCAGUCGCUGUGCUUCACCAGUAUGUCCUUCUUGCUGCUGCACAUCAUCUAUCAGAUUGCGGUCAACAGUCUCCUAGCCGGCAACUCAAUCAGCUCCGACUUCAACUGUUCUGCGUGGGAGAAAUCCAUCAGACAAAUUGGAUUUGAGAGCGUGAUCGGUGCGGACGCAGGAAACGGCAUCAGAGUGUUCAUACCGGACAUUGGCAUGUGCAUGGUGGGCGGGGCCAUCUGGUUUCUGUGUCGCAAUCUGGUCCAGAAGAGGCCACCCGAGGACAUGGCUCAGGACAACGCCCACUUCCAAGCAGAGGAACAAGAAGAAGAUGAAAAGCUGAGCCUGGAAGACCACAUCCUGCUGGAGGAGGACUCAGACGGAGGCUAUGAGGCAGAGGAAGACGAGGGUGAGGAACAGGAGGAGGAGGAGGAAGAGGAAGAAGCCAAGGAGAGCACCAAGAUGAAGAUAUUGCGGCUGGUGGCGGCGGUGGCGUCCAAAGUGAAGGAGGUCAUCGGGAAUCUUAUCACCAUGGCGGGGAAGGUUGUGGUGACCAUCUUGUUGGGGGCCACAGGGAUGAUGCUGCCCUCCCUCACCUCAUCCGUCUACUUCUUCAUCUUCCUGUUCCUGUGCACCUGGUGGUCCCUGCGCCGCACCUUCGACACACUGCUCUUCAGCUGCAUGUGCGUGCUAAUGGCCAUCUUCAGUGCCGGCCACCUGGUGGUCCUCUACCUCUACCAGUUCCAGUUCUUCCAGGAGUCUGUCGCGCCUGAAGAUGGCUACAUUAGGUACUUCGGCAUGACACCCAUCAUUCAGAGCGACUGCAGCCACACGUGGAAGCUGAUGGUGCACUCCAAGCGCAAGUGGCACCACUUUGUCAACCCUAUCAUGCUGCUGCUGCUCUACUACACGCUGGCCACUCUCAUACGCCUCUGGCUGCAGGAGCCCAUCGACCAGCUCACCGACGACAAGGAGGAAGACGUGUGCGAGGAAGACGAGCUGGUCGGAAACGGGACAAAUAACUCGGCCAACAGGAAGAGGCAGAUGUGGUGGGAGUCCCGGCAAGGCACGGACGAGAAAAAUCUGCUCUCCACCCAGGAUGCCAUCAGUACAACGGAGGUUGUGCUUGCCUCCAACGGAACAUCCUUCGACUUCACAGUGACUGAAAAUGGUCCGCGCUAUCUGGAUCUGUACGCCACCCCUCAGUACAAAGGCGACCAGUCCGUCGGUCAUUGUACAGAGAAGGAGGACGUGUGCGUGUACGAGGUGAGUCUUCCUCCGGAGGACGGAGAAUCGCCAUCGGGAGAGGAGAAGUCUGAGGGAAGCGGGGACGCCCUGAGGAAGCGCGGAGUGGGCGCCAUGGUCAAAGUCUUUCACUUCAUCAUGAAGCAGAGCUACAUUUGCGCGCUCAUCGCCAUGAUGGCGUGGAGCAUCACGUACAUCACGUGGUUCACCUUCGUCUUCCUCAUCUGGUCGUGCAUGCUGUGGAUGGUGCGCGACCGUCGGCGUUACGCCAUGCUUUCAUCACCGUUCAUGGUGGCCUACGGCAACCUCUUGAUCGUCCUGCAGUACUUCUUCAGCUUUGAGGACAUCACACAUGUGCCGGGACUCUCCGUGCCCAAGAAGAACCUCUUUCACUCCAUCUCCUCCAAGGUGUUGUGUUUGCUGAGCUUCUGGCUGCUGCUGAGGCAGACACUCACCGAGAGGUCAGAGAAGCAAAAGGAGGAGGAGGCGGGUCUUUUAGGCGUUAAGGUGGAGGACCAAAAGAUGAAAGAGAAAGAGGAGUCUGAGGCUGAGGAUGAGCAGGAUGUCAUGCAUGUGCUGGGCAACAUGGUGAUGGCCCUGUUGGUCAAGUAUUGGGUCUACAUCUGCGGCGGCAUGUUCUUCUUCGUCAGCUUCGAGGGGACUAUCGUCAUGUACAAGAUUAUCUACAUGAUGAUGUUCCUCUCCUGCGUGGCGCUCUACCAGGUGCACUACGAGUGGUGGCGAAAAAUCCUGAAGUACUUCUGGAUGUCCGUGGUGAUGUACACCAUGCUGGUCCUCAUCGCUAUUUACACCUUCCAGUUCAGACCCGAUUCAGCGGAGAACAAAGACAGUUUCAAGGACCUGGGCCUUGAGAAGUUCUCAGUGGCUGAACUGUUCACCAGGAUCUUCAUCCCCACCUCCUUCCUUCUGGUGUGCAUCCUGCACCUGCAUUACUUCCACGACCGCUUCCUGCAGCUGACCGACCUGCAGGCGGUGGUGGCCAAAGAGGAAAGCACCAUCUACAGGCUGGCUCACCCUGAAGGUAGCCUGGCUGACCUCACCAUGCUCAGCGCCAGCUCUGCGGACGCUUCGCUGUCCCGGGGCAAGGAGGACGAGCAAGAGGCGCAGGGCGAGCGACUGGUGGUGGUGGCAGACGACUCGGCUUCUUCGACCGGUGGUACCAAACCCGGCAGCCUCUCCGACGCUAGGCAGUCCAGAACGGACGACAGCCAGCGCUUCAGCAUGGGCACCGAGCCGGAACCAAGCACCGAGCAGAGCUCCUCUGACCUGAAGAGCAAAUGGCACCUGGUGGUGGACCGGCUGGCCGUGCUCUUCCUCAAGUUCCUUGAGUACUUCCAUAAACUGCAGCUGUUCAUCUGGUGGCUACUGGAGAUCCACAUCAUCAAGAUUGUCUCCUGCUACAUUGUACUGGUCUCCAUCCGAGAGGUGUCAUUGCUCAACUACGUGUUUCUAGCGUCGUGGGCCUUUGCGCUGCCCUACAGUCAGUAUCGCCCCCUGGCAUCUAGCGUGUGCAGCGUCUGGACGUGCGUCAUCAUCGUUUGCAAGAUGUUGUACCAGCUCAAGUCCAUCAAGCCACUCACCUACUCCCAGAAGUGCACCAUGCCGGCGGCCUACACCACCAAGCAGGAGAAGGAAAUGGCGGGCUCUUUGCUGUACAGUGGUCUGGUGGAUCCUGCUAACUGGGUGGGCUUGCAUAAGACUGAUGACCUGCUGGGCUACAUCAGGCACAACCUCCUGAUCCUGGCUGUGCUGGCAUUUGAGGUGACCAUCUAUCGCCACCAGCAGUACUUCCGUCUGAGGAACAAGCUGUCACCUCCCGCUGCCCGUAUCAUCUUCCAUGACGUGACCCGCCAACACCUGGACGUGGGCAUCGUGUGCUUCAUUAAAUACUUCAUCAACUACUUCUUCUACAAGUUUGGACUGGAGACGUGCCUGCUGCUGGGCGUGAAUGUUAUUGGCCAGCGGAUGGACUUCUACGCCAUGCUGCACGCCUUCGCACUCAUUGUUGUCAUGUACCGGCGCCGCAGGAAGGCCAUUGCCGAGAUCUGGCCCAAGUACUGCUGCUUCCUGGCCUCCAUGCUCACCUUCCAGUACUUCGUCUGCAUCGGGAUCCCGCCCGCAGCCUGUAAAGACUAUCCCUGGAGAUUCCCGAGCUCCACGACCGACUCCAAGGUGGUCAAGUGGCUCUACGUUCCUGAUUUCCUCUCUAGGCCCAAUCCGUCCUUUCUCAUCUACGACUUCAUGCUGCUGCUGUGCGCCUCCAUGCAGAGGCAAGUGUUUGAUGAUGAGAACAAGGCAGCCGUGCGCAUCAUGGCCGGAGACAACGUCGAGAUCUGCAGGGACCUGGACGCUUCCUCCUUCAGCGUACAUAACCCCGUCCCCGACUUCCUCCACUGCAGGUCGUACCUGGACAUGCUGAAAGUGAUCAUGUUCAGCUACCUGUUCUGGUUCGUGCUGACCAUCAUCUUUAUUACGGGCACCACGCGCAUCAGCGUGUUCUGCAUGGGCUACCUGGUGGCGUGCUUCUACUUCCUGCUCUUUGGCGGCGAGCUCCUGCUUAAGCCCAUCAAGAAGAUCCUCCACUACUGGGACUUCCUCAUAGCCUACAACAUCUUUGUCAUCACCAUGAAGAACAUUUUGUCUAUCCUGGCUUGCGGCUACAUCAACUCUCUGAUCCCCAACAAGUGCUGGCUCAUUCAGCUCUUCAGCCUGGCUUGCACCAUCAAGGAAUACAACAUCAACACCAACCAGGAACAUCUCAAUGUCGACCAGCGGUGUGAGCUGCCCAGUGAUGAGGCGGGCAUCAUCUGGGAUAGCAUCUGCUUCGCCUUCCUGCUGCUGCAGCGGCGCGUCUUCAUGAGCUACUACUUCCUGCACGUGGUGGCCGACAUCAGAGCCUCGCAGAUCCUCGCCUCCAGGGGGGCAGAGCUUUUCCAGGCCACCAUCGUGAAGGCGGUGCGGGCGCGGCUGGAGGAGGAGCGCAAAUCUGUGGAGCAGCUGAAGCGACAGAUGGAGCGCAUUAAGGUGAGGCAGCAGAAGUUCAAGCGUGGCAAGGAGAAGAUGCUGAGUAUGGUGCAGGAGUCCACAGAAGGACAGACGCUUGCCCCGCCUCCUCCUGAAGAGGAGGACGAGGGAGCGCAGCGAGCCAAAGCCAAGACCAAAAAAAAGCACUGGUGGAGGCCGUGGGUUGACCAUGCUUCCAUGGUGAGAAGCGGCGAGUAUUACUUGUUUGAAACUGACAGCGAGGAAGAGGAGGAGGAGGAGGAUUUGAAAGACGAGGAGCCGCUGAGGAGGUCUGCCUUCCAGUUCCUCUAUCACACGUGGAUCAAAGACCCCAAAGCGGCCCUGAAGGCAAGAGCCAAGGAGAAACGCAAGUUCUGGAAGAAAUACACCAAAGGAGUUCGACACAAGAAGAACAAAAAGGAGGCAGCUCACAUUGGCAUCGAGGUGGACGAGCUUUCUGACAGCCAAGUACAAGACGAUAACAACUCUGGUCCUGACAACAUCUUCAAGCGUGUUUACAACAUCAUCAAGUUCACGUGGGUGCUGCUGCAGACCACCGUGGACAGUUUCACUCGCUGGAUGAACGAAGUGUGCCGGGAGUACAUCGACAUCUCCACCGUGCUGCGCAUCGAGCGCUGCAUGCUCACCAGGGAGGUCAAGAAGGGCAAUGUGCCAUCCAGGGACAGCAUUCAUGUGUACUACCAGAAGGCCAUGCGACUCAACAUGUCGCGGCAGGCCAGCGUGGACUUGCUCAGCGAGGACGAGUCGGCUGGGGACUCGUCGAGAGUCCGGCGGCGGGGGAAAGGGUACCACAUGGAGAGUCAGGCCUCCACAGCCUCCAGGGACAGCAUCUCAAGCGCCUACACCGAGGCCACCACCCUGUUUUCCCGUCAGUCCACGCUGGAGGACCUGGACGGGAUGCCUGAGUGCAUUCCCAAAACCAGCGAACGAGCACGGCCCAAACUGCGCAAGAUUUAUGGCCUGGACGUAUCCAACUCGUCUAUGGACAGCGGCAGCAGCUUCGUGUCCAGACAGGGCACAACGGAAACCAUAGAAGAAGAAGUGGAGGACAAUCGGGUUCAUCGGGAGGAAGGGCGACGUCUUCCUCCGAAGUCCCAGGACCUGGAGGAGCCUGGGGACGAGAGUGGAGCCUGUGGCGGAUCCGAUGCGGAUCCCCAGGAAGUUGAAGAGGAAAUGCAAGACGGACAGGAAGCAGAAUGCAAUGAGGGGUGUGUUGUCUUCCAUGGUGGACAGAAAGUAGAACGUGAGGAGAAGAGCAUCAUCUGGGGGUCUUUCAGCCAAGAGGAAGUGCCCUCUCACCGGCUCCAGGAGGACACCAUCUGUGAGAGUGAGGAUGGAGGAGGGGAAGGAGGAGGUCAGAGGGACUUUCCGCAGGCCGGAGGCCACACUGGGGGUCUCCUGUGCACCCCUGACACAGAUGCCUCCAAGACGUCAGACGGCGAUGUGCCGCCCAGCUACAGCAAAGCAGUCAGCUUCGACCGGUUGGAGGUAAGCGACGAUGACACCGACGCGGGCAGGAGACGGCGGCAUAUGCUCAUGACCUCAGACAGCCGCUCGGACAGCAGGUCUGAUAUUAUGCUGCCCUCCAUGACCACUGAGUUGACCGCCAGCGAGCUGCUGCUCAACAAAAUGUUCUAUGACGAGGAGCUGGACCAGUCGGAGAAGUUCUACCAGAGCCAGCCACUGGUGCUGCAGCUGUGCUAUGCCCUCUACAACAUGCUGGUAGCACACUCUGAGAUGGUUUGCUUCCUGGUCAUCAUCAUCAACCACAUGGUGUCGGCCAACUUCGCCACGCUGGUACUGCCCGUCACCAUCUUCCUGUGGGCCAUGCUGUCGGUGCCACGGCCCAGUAAGCGCUACUGGAUGACCGCCAUCGUCUACACCGAGGUCACCAUCGUGAUCAAGUACUUCUUCCAGUUCGGGUUCUUUCCCUUCAACCAGAACAAGAUUGAGAAGGACAACCCAUACCACCCGCCUAACAUUAUCGGUGUGGAGAAAAAGAAUGGCUACGUCCACUACGACCUGGUCCAGCUCCUGGCACUCUUCUUCCACAGGUCCAUCCUCAAGUGCCACGGCCUGUGGGACGAGGACGACCCUAAGGAGAAGAGGGAGGCGUCCCAUCAGAGCGAGUCGGAAGAUGAGGGGACUCCCAGAGACGAGAGCGAGAGGGAGUCAGAAGCCGGCUCUGCCGCCAGCACCACCGCCUCCUCGGGGGUACGUGAGUGGCGGGGCUCCACACAGACAUUAGGCUCCAUCAACUUCGGCACCUCAAUGGACUCGGGUCAUGUGCAGCUGCAUCACCCGCAGCAGCCCACCUACCAGCGGCGCACAAGCUCCAGCGGGGGUUCGCAUGUCUUGCACCGAUCCCUGCACUCAUCCGCCCGAGCCAAACGCGGAAGUGUCACAUCCUGCAGCAGCAGCCACAAGGAUGGCAGCGAAGCCAGCGUUCAUAAGAAGACCAAGAAGCAGAUGAUCCUGGAGAAGCUGAAGGAGCAGCUCUUCAAGGCCAGAGCAUACACUGUCAAGAAGUUCAUGGAGUUCUACGUACCCAUGCGUCAGUUCUUCUACGACCUCAUCCAUCCCGAGUACAGCGCUGUGACCGACGUCUAUGUGCUCAUGUUCCUCGCCGACACUGUUGACUUCAUUAUCAUCGUCUUCGGCUUUUGGGCUUUUGGUAAACACUCGGCGGCAGACAUCACUUCGUCCCUUUCAGAGGAUCAGGUCCCCGGACCUUUUUUGGUCAUGGUCCUCAUCCAGUUUGGGACUAUGGUAGUGGACCGGGCCCUCUACUUGCGCAAGUCUGUCAUGGGCAAGGUCAUCUUCCAGGUCUUCCUAGUGUUCGGCAUCCACUUCUGGAUGUUCUUCAUCCUGCCGGGAGUCACCGAGAAGCGUUUCAACAAGAACAAUGUGGCACAGAUGUGGUAUUUUGUCAAGUGCAUCUACUUCGGGUUGUCGGCCUAUCAGAUCCGCUGCGGUUAUCCCACCCGCGUGUUGGGCAACUUCCUCACUAAGAGCUACAAUUAUGUCAACCUCUUCCUCUUCCAAGGGUUCCGUCUGGUUCCGUUCCUGACCGAGCUGCGUGCCGUGAUGGACUGGGUGUGGACGGACACGUCGCUGUCUCUGUCCAGCUGGAUCUGCGUGGAGGACAUAUAUGCGCACAUCUUCAUCCUCAAAUGCUGGCGAGAGUCGGAGAAGAGAUACCCUCAGCCCCGAGGCCAGAAGAAGAAGAAGGUGGUGAAGUACGGCAUGGGUGGGAUGAUAGUGAUGCUGCUCAUCUGCAUCGUGUGGUUCCCGCUGCUCUUCAUGUCGCUCGUCAAGUCUGUGGCCGGCGUGAUGAACCCGCCUCUGGACGUCUCCUUCGAGAUCACGCUGGCCGGCUUCCAGCCCAUCUUUACCAUGAGUGCUCAGCAGAAACAACUGCAGGGCGUCUCGCAAAAAGACUUUACCAAUUUUGUCAAACUGUACAAUGACGACGAGGCAGCGCUGGAGUGGCUUGGGGGCUACACGCCGGGCGACCUGGUGAUCGCCGAGCUGAAGGGCAGCUCCAACUCUCUGUGGACCAUCAGCCCCCCGAGCAGGAAGACCCUCAUUGACAUGCUGACCCUGGACGAGGACUUCCCCAUCACCGUGUCCUGGUCUGUGCAGCGCAACCUCAGCUUGGGAGCCAAGGCCGAGACGGCGUCCGGCAAACGGGUGACCAAUCUGGGCGAGGACACCAAGAAGGAGCUCGUGCUGCUGCUCAGCGGAAACGACAGCCGCUCGCACGUGACGCUCCAAAACAUCUUCCCGCGCUACAUCAGAGCCCCAAGCGAUUCAGACGCCAAGCCCGUCGAGCAAUUGUAUAAAGACAAGAUGAUGCUGAACAUCAGCCUGAGCCUGCAUCAAGUGAAGACGGCCAAAUGUCAGCUCCAGGAGUGGUGGAUCGUCAACCAGAUGGAACGCGGCCCCAUCGAGAAGAGUCAGAACCACGACGCCUGCCUGGAGCUCUACGUCUUCAGCGACCAAGUCAGCCCGCCCAGCCUCGGCUUCCUGGCCGGAUACGGGAUUAUGGGCCUGUACGCAUCGGUGGUGCUGGUGAUCGGCAAGUUCGUGCGCGAGUUCUUCAGCGGCAUCUCGCACACCAUCAUGUUCGAGGAGCUGCCCAACGUGGACCGCAUCCUUAAGCUGUGCACCGACAUCUUCCUAGUGCGCGAGACGGGCGAGCUGGACUUGGAGGAGGACAUGUACGCCAAGCUCAUCUUCCUCUACCGCUCGCCAGAGACCAUGAUCAAGUGGACGCGUGAGAAGACCCAGUGAGUUUUUUUUUUCUACACGCUCACCCGCCCGCCGCACUUUUUCCUGACUUUUUGAGCACAAAUUUUGCUGGUGCUGCUGUCGGCGGACGAAACGAAGACUUUUCCUGACAUCGUACAGUGUAAAAAGUUCCCAUCUCCGAAGACUUAAAAAAAAAAAAAAUGCUCUAGCAAGGACCCCAAAAAGGGCUUCCCACACCAAAUGAGCACAAUUCUUCUUCUCCGAUUGGAAUGCUUGGAACAGGGGACCGUGCAAUACUGAUGUGGACAGGUGCAACACAUGAACGCCCAAAAAAAAAAAAAAAAAAAAAGUUGUUUUGUUAUUUGGGAGAACCACGUCUUCACGUUUGAUUUGUUUUUGAGGUCUUACUACAUGUACGCGUUUCUCAGGAAGCGCUUUUCUCACACAAAUUCAGUCGGUGUGAUCACAUAACAGAUUCAAAAUUCCACUUGAAAGGACAACAUUUCCGACAAACAACAAAAACAAGGGAAAACAAUCUUUGUGUUUCUGCUGACAGUGGAAAAAAGCACAAACAACAACAACACACAAACUCAGUGAUUAUGACAUUGGACAACAACAAUAAAAAGAUUAUUAUUAUUAUUAUUGGAGGUAUUUUUUUACCUCCAAAAACAUUUUUUUUGGGGGGGUGGGGGGGGGGGUUCUUCAAACUUUGUGAUAUUUUCAUUAGAGAGUAACAACCAAAGAUGCUUCAUCUUUGUGUUUGGGAUAAAAACCAUAAUAAUGAAAAAAAUGGAGAUAACCAAAAGACAAAAAUAUUCAUACAGAAUAUCAGAAGCUAUUCAUAUAUUGUUCAUGUUGUUUUUUGGGUUAUAUAUGUCCAAUUUUAUGAGUUUUUAUUUUUAUUUUAACUGACCCAAAAAAAAUCUGAAUUUAUUUGUGUUUCAGCUAAAAUGUUUUAAAAACAUUUGUUUUGGUUUUUAAUAACACUCACAAAAUGUUGUGGGAAGAAAUAUAAACUGACAAAAUUUGGAUACAGUGCAAGUUUUUUUGUUUUUUUUCCCCCAAAACACAAGAGCAGAUGUUUUUGGAUUUCUUCCAGAUUUUUAUUAGGGGGAAACAACCCCAAAACCACAAUGAAAAAAACACAUGUGAAAAUGAAAAAUAAUCACAAUGAAAAUUGCCUCAAAAUAAGAUUUUUUUUUUCGUUGUUUAUUUCAACAUUUUGGGAGAUUUUUAUUUAAGCAAAGCAACUUGCAAAACUAUGACAAAUCAAACUUAAUUUUUUUAUCUUGAAAUACAAUACUUUUUUGGGGUUGUCUCUCCAAAUUAUAAGAUUUGUAUUCGAGUAACAACCGAAAAACAAUUUUUAGUGUCCUUUGGUAUUUAAAAAAAAAAUAAAAUCACAAAAUGUGGAAAUUAAUUAUAAAUAUUUAAUACAGUGAAAAAGGAUUGUGAUUUUUAUUUAAAUCUCUGAACCACAAAGAAACAAAUAUUUGUUUGCUCUUUUGUUUUUUUCUCAAAUUUUGUUUUAGUAUUAUUAGAGAAAAACAAAAAAACUGCAGUAAAACAAUGAUUUGUGUUUCGGAAUAUAUAAAAUAUAGAUGGAACACAUGAAGGACCAUUUUUAUUUGGGUUCUUCUUCUUGUUCAUAGCAAAAUUGCCUAAGUCAUUUUUAACUUCAAUCAAUUAAAAAAAUAGUUUUGUCUUGUUUUUUGAAAAACUUCAAAUAUGACUUGGGCAACUAUGCUAGUAGGCUAACGAUUUGCUUAGAUGUUUUUUUUUUUUUUUACUUAACACACCAUUUAGGUAGCGCUCUUUUCAAACCCGGAUUCAUUGUAUGUAUUACGAUACGUUGGCUCCAACUUGAUUAGAACUAUUUAAUAGUACGGCAUGCCACGUACUUAACGUUUAUUGCACAAGCGACAUAGAGUGGCAACCCGCCGGGGGUACGGGAAAAAAAUGAGAUUUAAUUGCCAAUCGAUCACUUUGCAGUUUCCUAAUCAGAGUGAGAUGAGCAGGAAGUUCCCUGGCGCUCGCUUAUUGCGGGUGAGGGGUUAAAAAAAAGCAAAAAAAAAAAACUAUGCAUUAGAGGACAUUGUAGCAUGAGAGAAGCACUUCAUUAUUGUUAAUUUUUAUUGCAAAUGCAUAAGAGGACGUAAUACAAGUGUGAAAUGUGAACGUGUAUGAUAAUAAAGGCUGUGAUGGAGGUCAUCAAUAAAAAAGCAAAAACAAAA